GUUGAUAUGGGGAAAACCUGUCAUCCAUGGACCGCAAUCACAUCAGCCACAUCCGUUUUUAUCGCCCUGGACCACGGGCUCGUCUCGCCCCAAAAGGGCGGGCCGACACAUCCCUACCAAUUCCCAUCGAAGAAACAUACCCUGUCCGCCGAAACAAAGGACCCCCUAGCCAGAUACCAUUAACUAUUUACCCAUAUUAGCUACUAGAUCCCCCGAUUCAAGCAUGUGGAUGUAUGCCUAAGGUGUACACAUCCACACACACACACAGCAAAGCAACAACCGGAUCCAGACCCGCGGCGGCCGUCCACCACCACACAUACUCAACACACGCACAUCGUCAACCCCGAAACCUGUUUCAAUGCGGCACCUCCCCGUUCCGGUCGUCAUUGUUGGCUCUUGAUCUGCACAAGCAGCACACAUCCGUAUCACACGCCAUAGUAACCCAGUCCCAACUCUUUCUACUACCUCCCCCCCCCUGGACUGAACUACUUACUAUACUACUUACCUAUCGCAGAACAAACACACUCUAUAUCCCACGACUCGGAUUCGUUCGGAACAUCCGACACUGCAGAAAGCAAAUGCCGUCCGUCCAACCCUGCAUGCCACAUUCCAGACCUGCCGUUCGUUCGUUCGUUGUUCGUUGGGCGCGCCCGCCCAACCCUUAUCUUUAUUACCUUACUUUACCUGCAUUUAGUCAAGCAUACGGUAUACCGUUGGUUUUAUACAUUGUUACCGCAGAAAGCCACCCGGAGUUCCGACGAGCCUGGGCACUUCUCGUCUUACUUUCCUUUUCUGUUCGGGUCAGGUAGGUCGUUUUUCUGCCGGAUUUGAUUGGAAUUUCUUCAACCCAACCGACUUACAUACGUACUACUGUCCUUUUCAAUCUAUCUACCCUUGCUGGCGGGGCCCCACUCCCUGCCUAAUUUUAUUUUAUUUUAUUUCACCUUUUUUUGUUUU